AUGCCUAGAUUCAUUCAGGCCAACCUCAAUAGGGCUAAGGCUGCGCAAGCACUCAUCAUGCAAACAAUAUACGAAAAGAAGGCGGAUGUUGCCAUAAUCAGCGAGCCAAAUAGGAUUCCUGAUAACGGUUCCUGGUUUUCCAGUAGCGACAUGUCAUGCGCUAUCUACAUUGACCCAGACACACGGGUCAUAAACAACGGCCAAGGCCACGGAUUUGUGUGGGUCGACAUCCCUGACCUCCGGGUAUAUAGUUGCUACUAUUCACCUAAUCGAAGACACUCGGCAGAGUCGUACAUAAUGUAUCUGAGCCGCGUCAGUGACAGCGUGCGUCAAGGCCCCAAGGAGGUUAUACUUGCUGGUGACUUUAAUGCGCAUUCCCCCUCCUGGGGUUCCCCAAGCACCUGCGCAAAGGGCGAGGCCCUAACUGACAUGGUGAGCUCUCUAGGGUUGUAUGUCAGGAACCAGGGUGACGCCCCCACCUUCGAACGGGGUGGCAGUUGCUCUCACAUUGAUGUGACUUUUGCGUCGCAAGCUGUACUAAGGAACAUGCACGUGUGGGAAGUCCUAGAUACUGAUAUCGGUAGCGACCACAACUGUAUCUUCUUCACCGUACAAGGCAAAGCCAAUCAUCAGGCUUCCGCUCUCAGUGGCUGGUCGUGGAGACGGAUGGAUGCGAGUAAACUGGAAGCUUUUGCCAAAGCUUACCACGUCCCUUCUGAAGGGAUUGUGUUCAACGACCAGGGUCUACAAAAUUUUCUUCAGCAAGCAUGCGACAGCUGCAUGCCUAGGAGGAAAAACUGCCAAACCAACCGCAAACCGGUGCAUUGGUGGACCUCUGAAAUUGCGUCUCUCAGAAAACUGAGCCUGCAAGCAAGGCGUAAGUACCAAAAAAUACGCAAGCGCCUCGGUCCUGAGCUGUGUGUCGUGGAACAUCGAGCUGCUAGGGAGGCGUCUAAAGCUCUUAGACUAGAGAUACGCCGUAGCCAGGAAAAGUGCUGGAGGCUCCUGUGCAAGGAAGUGGACAACGAUCCGUGGGGACUCCCGUACAGGAUUGUCACAAAAAAACUGAUUGGGAGAAGAUCCAUCCCUGGUUUGACGUUGCCGGGAAGGCUGGACGCAAUAGUCAAUUGGCUCUUCCCUCGUUGCCCACCACCCCAGUAUACCCCAGUUGACAGUCAAGUGACCGUAGCGGACACGUUUGCCGUUGAAGACCUGAAACAGGCGGGUCUCAACCUACCUCGAGGCAAAGCACCGGGUCCUGACGGCGUACCCGACGAGGUCCUGCGGGUGAUCGUCAAGGUACGUCCUGAGCUGCUCCUCCCGACGUUUAUUGCCUGUCUUAGGACCGGCCAGUUCCUGGAGAGUUGGAAAACAGCCAAACUAGUCUUACUCCGGAAAGGCAACAAGCCUCUGGAAGAGCCUUCUUCGUACAGGCCACUGUGUCUGCUCAAUUCCGUGGGCAAGCUGUACGAAAGGCUAAUCAAAGUCAAAAUCGAAUCCCACCUGUAUGCUCAACCGGAUGGCCUUUCUAGACUGCAAUUCGGCUUUGUCAAAAGCCGCUCGACUACCCAGGCGGUUAGUCACGUGAUGAAGAUUGUAGAAAAGGCGGGGACAGGACAGUUGUACAACAGGAGGCUAUGCGCCUUAGCAUCCCUAGAUGUCGCUAACGCGUUUAAUUCCGCCCCUUGGGACCACAUAGACGCGGCACUAAUAGAGAAGAGGGUUCCGGGCUACCUCAUAGCUGGCAUCAGAUCUUAUUUCGAUGGCAGAUCAGUGCAAACAGACGCUGGAACGCGGGAGGUCACGGCGGGCGUUCCCCAAGGAUCCGUCAUAGGCCCACUGCUGUGGAACAUUUUUUAUGACAGCUUGCUAAGGAUGGAGUACCCAGAAGGGGUACAAGUUGUAUGUUUUGCCGACGAUGCAGCGAUCGUUGCCACCGGGAAAACAACGUGGAUGCUGGAAAGUGCCAUGAAUAGCGCUCUUGACAUGGUGGCAGACUGGAUGGAUGAACAUCAACUGACCAUCUCCAGCAGCAAAUCGGCGGCGGUGAUGCUGACCACCAAAAGAGGCUAUGUCAAGCCGGUUUUCAAGUACAAGGGCACCAACAUUGAGCUCAAGGAUAGUAUCCGGUACUUAGGGGUUGAGCUUAGCUGCGUCCUAGGGUUCAGAAAGCACAUCGAGGUGACAAGUGACAAAGUCAUGAAAACGGCUUCAGCUUUGGCAAGAUUAAUGCCGAACGUAGGCGGUCCUAUGCCUGUCAAAAGGAAAUUACUAACAUCAGUGGUGCACUCACAGCUUUUAUAUGCCGCCCCCAUAUGGCAUAGUGCUCUUCUGUAUGAGAGGAACAAGAAGACCUUGGCCUCUCCGCAGCGAAAAAUGGCCUUGCGGGUUAUUAGUGCCUACUGCACUGUUUCAAAUGAGGCUGCCAUGGUGGUUGCAGGAAUAGUCCCCAUCCACAUUCUGGCAUUGGAAAGAGCUUUGAUGGAGCGAAGCAAGUCUACUGGUAUCCUAAAGGAUGUGGCCAGAGCAGACGCAAACGCCCGCUCCAUGCUUAAAUGGCAGGCAGAGUGGGAGGCUGCUUCAAACGGGCGUUGGACGUUUAGGCUAAUACCAAACGUUCAGCAAUGGACAGAGCGAAGCUUCGGUCAAGUAAGUUUUCACAUGACGCAAGCCUUGACCGGGCAUGGCUGCUUCAACGCCUACCUCUGCCGCUUCAAGAAGAGAGAUGACUCUGUAUGCAUGUAUUGCCAGCAUCCAGUUGACGACGUGGAGCACACAGUCUUCCUGUGCGACAGGUGGUGGCGCCAGAGGAGGGAAUUGGAAGUCAUGCUGGAUGGAAUGUUCACCCCGGAGGCCAUGACUGCAACUAUGCUUAGUUCAAGACGGAGAUGGGACGCGGUUUCCAAGUUCAUUGAGACGGUGCUAACCACAAAAGAAGCGGACGAAAGAGCCAUCCAAGCUGAGGCGUGA